CGAAUGACAACGGCAAGUCUGUAACGUCGAGCUGGUGAAGCUGUAUACAUUGCAGUUGGGAGGUUCGGACUGUGUUUCGUAUGUUUUAAUUGCCUUUAAUGUAAUUUAACGGAAAAGUUUGCUUUAACGGAAAGCGUCGAGUUUUUUUUUUUUUUUAUAAAAAAUUAAAAAUUUUUUUUUUUUUUUAACUUUAUAGCUCUUUCUAGUGAAAGGGUACAGUCGCAGAAAAUGAGUCACUGGAGAUAGUUCGGUGUUCGCAGACCGCCGCCGCCUGUCAGAUGCGGGUCUCUUCUUCGGGAACUUGGGCGAAAACACCAACUGCUUGACAGGGGAGAGAGAAAAAAAAAAAAAAUUCAAAACCUGGAUGUCUAGACUAGGAAGACACUGCUUCUCUACAUCCAUGCUUAUUCUGAAAUGAGAUUUUUUUUUCCCAUGAAAACGCUUUUUUUUUUAACCAGCUAACUUUGAUUUACUUCCGUUUGUUUUUAAAUUAGAAUUAUUAUCCGUUUUUUUUUAGUGAGCAAAGCAACUUGGCAACCUGUAGAUCAUUUACCAGAUAGAACUAAUAUUUGGCUAUUAUAGCGAGGGAAAUUGUAUCAUCUUCUGAAGAUAAAGGAUCUUUAAACUAUCCGAAAAGAAGAGUUUUUCUGCAGCAAUAUAUUAUAAUAAUGUUGUAUGUGUGAGAGGGAGCCCUCAGUGCUUACGUCGAGUAUGGGUACCCACAGCGAUAGUAUUAAAGAAGUAUUUUUGCGUUUAAUACCUAACCGUACGGAUUAAUUUCGUGCUGUAAGUUAAAAGACAGAAACUAGAAAAACAAAAAACACGUUUCCGUACGCUAGGUCCGUGCAUGUGCCGUAAAACACUUAGCGAGCGGUCGGGUUGGAACUCGGAGCGGAUGCAGUAGCGGCGGGACGGAGACUCUGCCAGCAAAAUGUCGGCUGCCAUCUCGGCGUCGGAGAAGGUGGACGGGUUCACGCGCAAGUCGGUGCGCAAGGCCCAGAAGCAGCGGCGCUCGCAGGGCUCGUCCCAGUUCCGCACGCAGAGCAGCCUGGUGGAGCUGUCGCCCCUGCCGCCGCUCAAAGAUGCACCUUCCAGUGAGCAGCUGGACCUCUUUUCCCAGAAGCUGCAGCAGUGCUGCGUGCUCUUUGACUUCAUGGACUCGGUGAUAGACCUGAAGAGCAAAGAGAUAAAGCGUGCGACACUCAGCGAGCUGGUGGAAUACGUGUCCACGAACAGGGGUGUCCUGGUGGAGUCGACAUACCCAGACAUUACCAACAUGAUCAGCACCAACAUUUUCCGGACACUUCCUCCAAGCGAAAACCCCGACUUUGACCCUGAAGAAGAUGAGCCCACUCUUGAGGCGGCUUGGCCCCAUAUACAGCUGGUGUAUGAGUUUUUCCUGAGGUUCUUGGAGAACCCGGACUUCCAGCCAAGCAUUGCGAAACGCUACAUCGAUCAGAAGUUUGUUCUGCAGCUCCUGGAGCUGUUUGACAGCGAGGACCCUAGAGAGAGGGAAUUCCUGAAAACUGUCCUGCAUCGGAUCUAUGGCAAGUUCCUGGGCCUGAGGGCCUUCAUCAGGAAGCAGAUCAACAACAUCUUCUUACGGUUCAUCUAUGAGACGGAGCACUUCAAUGGGGUGGCAGAGCUGCUGGAGAUCUUGGGGAGCAUUAUUAAUGGCUUUGCACUGCCGCUUAAGGCUGAACACAAGCAGUUUCUGAUGAAGGUCUUGAUCCCAAUGCACACAGCUAAAGGGCUGGCUGUGUUCCAUGCACAGCUCGCUUACUGCGUGGUGCAGUUCUUGGAGAAGGACCCAACUCUCACUGAACCGGUAAUACGGGGUCUGCUGAAGUUUUGGCCCAAGACCUGCAGUCAAAAAGAGGUGAUGUUCCUGGGUGAAACAGAAGAGAUCCUGGAUGUCAUUGAGCCCACGCAGUUCAAGAAGGUCCAGGAGCCACUCUUCAAGCAGAUUGCUAAAUGUGUGGCUAACCCUCACUUUCAGGUAGCAGAGCGUGCACUGUACUUCUGGAACAAUGAAUACAUAUUGAGCCUGAUCGAAGAAAACAUUGACAAGAUCCUGCCAAUCAUGUUUGGUAAUCUCUACCGGAUUUCCAAAGAGCACUGGAACCCUACAAUUGUAGCAUUAGUCUACAAUGUCUUGAAAACGUUAAUGGAGAUGAACAGCACACUUUUUGAUGAGCUGACUGCUUCAUACAAAGCUGAAAGGCAACGAGAGAAGAAGAAGGAGCAGGAGAGGGAGGAGUUGUGGAAGAAGCUGGAUGAACUGCAGAUCAAGGGCACACUGGAGGCACAGAGCAACAGCCAUGGUUUGCAGAACGCCCAGAACAACAACAACAACAACAACAACAAUAGCACCACUGCGGUUUCCACAGGCAACACCUUGGGCAAUGAGAGCAUCACAUGUGCCAAAUGACACAGGACUACCUUUCUGCUCCAGCUCAGAGAUCAUCACAAGACUGUCAGGGAAUGGGCUGGAGGUGGGGUUGUGGGGGGAAUACACAAAUGACAGAUAGAACCUGAUUUAAAAACCUCAUCAGUUUAUUCAAAGAAAUCAAAUCUAUAUGAUUUGAAAAUGCCAUCUAUUUUCCUUGGCAAAACAAAUUAUAUAUUUCAACUUGUAAGGAUAUUUUUGGAUGUUAGUGUGACCACAGUAUACUGGUAACUUUUAUUUUGAUUAAUCAAUAAUUUGUCCUCACUUUACUUCACUGAGCAUUAAAAUUAACUUUUGUGAUAAUAUUAUUGGGGAAAAUGGGAAAGGUGAGUGACUUGAAUUUAGUUUUUUUUUUUUGCGGGUUGGGGGGAUUGUGCUGCAUAUAGAAAGGUUAAACUAUUUAAAAUCUGUCUGUUUUGUAUGUGCUUUCCACACAGCUGCCAACACAGGUGUAUGUUGAGUGGGGGGUGUGCAAUUUUUGCAGGCAACCAGAGCGAAUGGCACCAUCUGUGACUACUUAGGGUGUCUCUUAUUUUUCUGUAAGACCAGCUAUUUGUUACUGUAUUGUUCUCAAGAUAUGCAGCCGUAAAGUAUUUAAAUAUUAAUUAAAGAGAUUUGUUUAAAAAAAAAAGG